AUGGCUAACUCGUUGGAAGAUUGCCGCAGUGCUCUCCUCGCAGGCCCCUUGUCCCCCGAUACUGGGCUCCAUCGAAUUGCUGCAAGCGGCAUUGCAGGGUCUUGUGCCGGCGCCGUGGCUGCGGCAUUCCUGCCACGAGGGAGCUUUGUUUCAGGCAGUAUCAUGCUGGGAAUCAUUGCAGCCGCCUCUCAAGCAGGAAUCAACACCAUCGACAACUCUUCCCCAACCCCUGCGUUGUCUUCGCGCUUCAAACAGAAGCUAUUGGGGUUAAUCCCGAUGAAGUCCCUGACGGACGACGAGUAUGCACAUCUGCUCCAGGAUAAGCUCCUCAAAUUGGAAGCGGAAAUCUCAAUCCUGGACGAUCAGAUUGCAACACUGCGCGCAGCGAGCAAGCAGCAAGCUCAGGGCCAAACAGGGCGAUCGAAGAAUGCGACAAGUUAG